AUGUCCAACUCAACAAGUACAGAUUCCGGUAACUCGGGCUUCCAGAAGUACCCCUACGACCCCUCCGAAGCAGCAGCAAUCAUCUUCACCGUCCUCUUCGCCCUAACAACCUCCCUACAUGCCUUUCAACUCAUCAGCAAACGAACAUGGUUCAUGAUCCCCUUCUUCAUCGGCGGCAUCCUCGAGAUCGUAGGCUACAUCGGCCGUGUCAUCGCCGCGACUGAAGCCCCAGGUCCCUACGAAACAGGCCCGUACAUUGUACAGACCAUCACGCUGCUCGUCGCGCCUGCUUUGUUCGCGGCGUCGAUCUACAUGCAACUGGGCAGGAUCGUGUUGAUGCUCAAGGCGGAUGACAAGCUGUUCAUCCGGAGGACGUGGGUGACGAAGAUUUUCGUCGCGGGCGAUGUUGCUUCUUUCCUGCUGCAGGCUGCGGGAGGUGGACUAUCUGCCUCCGACGACUCCAACACCUCCAAACUCGGCAAAGACAUCAUCAUCGUCGGCCUCUUCGUCCAAAUCGUCUUCUUCGGCCUCUUCGUCGUCGUCGCCGCCCUCUUCAACAUCCGCCUCAACAAGAACCCCACCCCCUCCGCCCACACCCUCCCCUGGAAGAAACACAUGUACACGCUCUACGCCGUCAGCAUCCUCAUCUUCGUGCGCUCGAUCGUGCGCGUCGUCGAGUUCAUCCAGGGGUUCGAGGGGUACAUCUACUCGCACGAGGUGUUUUUGUACGUCUUUGAUGCGACGAUGAUGUUUAUCGCUAUGGGCAUUAUGAAUGUGGUGCAUCCUGGCGAGGUUGCGGUUAUUGUCAGGGGGCAGCUGCAGGGAGAGAAGGAUGUUGAGAGUGGGAGUGAGUUGGUGGAGUCGAGGUGA